AUGGAUUCAAUUUUUCGCCCGUGUAUCGAGUACCAGCGUGGAAGCACAGAACUCGUCAUCUUUUCACGUGAGGUGAAGCAACUUGUCACUGUUGCAUACCCAAAGUCGGGUCGUUUCCGCAUUCGUCCUUAUGGCUUGGCAGAUUACUUGCAGCGUCGAGGGCUUUUCAUAGAAUGUUUCUGCGGCAUGCUCUCAGACACACCUUGUUCCACCAGGAUUGUGGACUCUGCCGUGAAUGGGCAUGUCUUGAUGCAGUGUGCUAAUGAGCAGUGCGGAUUUAGAGCCAACAUCACAGAUAUUUAUCACACAUCUUUUUUUACCUCUAGUUACGAAGAACUGCCAACACUCGUUGCAAACCCCCAACCUAACAUGAAUCCAGUUCAUGAUGCCUUCCGCCAGCUUGCUCCUAAUGAGCAUGACAUUGCGCCCUACUUCCACGGCUAUCUCGGAUCCCAUGUCUCAGUUUGGCCCGACUUUCGACAACUCCGUGGUUUAGUUGGUGCACCCUCAGCAAAUCCACGUCCAUUUAUCCGACUAGUUCAUCGUCGUGCUGGAUCUAUUCAAGGUGCUGCUGCUAGUCAGUUGUCAAUGGCGGCUCGUCGUGGACAACGUGUAUCCACACGUCUCCCGCUCGGACAAGACAGUGGCAUGGUUGUGAUGAACAGGCUCUCGGCCUAUGAAACAGGUCUUCUUGCUGACCUCUCCGGUGAGACAGGUGUAUUUUGUUGCGACGGUACUUCGAAUGCAUAUCCCGCACUGUAG